AUGUUUAAAACAGUUUUGCAUCGAAUAUCACUGGGGCGAGGUCAGCUACGUAAAUGUCGAUCCAAAAGAGUUUUACAAGUUAUACCAAAAAUAUCUGCAAUUGUAUGUCAUGAGCAAUCUGAAAUUCAUUACAAACUAAAACUAUUGCUAAACAAAUCAUGGCGAGUGAUUGAGGAGUUGAAAACACACGCUUCUUGGAAAGAGAGUUUUCUUGCCUGCAACAUACGUAUAUGGGAGAUUAAUGAAUCAGAUAUACCAUACGCCGAUGAAGAAGACGUUGUUACACCUAUGAAUGAGCCGUCGGAUGGUUUGGAAUUGGCAGCCGCUUUACCACAAAGAUUACCAGUGGAAGUAGAGCUUGGAUAUCGCGAUAUAGACAGACAGUUUGACUGGUAUAGGUCUUACAACGAUUACAAUGAAAUUGAAGAAAACGCAAAGUUCAUAAAACACGCUAAGGAGAACUACGAUUCAGUGGCAGUUUCUAUCGAUCAACAAAGACUGGAACUUAAUUAUCUGCAAACAAAAGUUCUAGAACAUCUAACAAGUCAAUUAAAUGGUGGUACGAGUGAAAAUCUAACCAUAAUUCAAGGUGCUGCUGGUACAGGAAAAUCUUAUUUAAUAAACGCCAUGGUUCGACAAACAGAAAUUAUAUCAGGACAAGGUAGCGUUUUACUUAUGGCACCGACUGGUGUUGCAGCCAACAAUAUCAAUGGUCAAACAAUUCAUUAUGCUCUACGUUUCAAUGCAACGCGUGGUUUAACAAACGAAUUGAAUGGCGAAUCCGAGCGUAAUUUUCAAGAAACAAUACUUAAUAUCAGAGUCAGUAUUAUCGAUGAAAUGUCCAUGGUAGGAGUUCGUGUACUGGUUAAUAUCGACAAACGACUUCGUCAAGCAUUCCCAGAAAAACAAGAGUCAGCCUUUGAUGGAACGAUAUUAUAUCUACUAGGCGAUUUCAACCAGUUGCCUCCAGUCUUAGAUCGAUCAUUAUUGGCGCCUUCUAAUACAUCAAUUGGAACGUCUGUUUUAUUCGAGCAGUUUACAAAGGUAUUCGAGUUAACGGAAAUUCUGCGACAAACAGGCGAUUCACAACAACAGUUUAGAGAAACGUUACAACGAAUGACUCUAGGAUCUUUGGAACAGAUUGAUUACAAAGUACUCAAGAAUCGCUUUGCAGUGAAUAACAUAGGACAAACUAAAACAUUCAAAAACGCUCUACGAAUAUUUUUUAAGAAAACAGAAGUUGAUAUUUACAAUGAAACAAUGCUACGAUCGCUAAACUCUCCUGUUACUUCAAUUCAAGCCAAGAACAACAACGAAACUGCUUCGCGAAGCUCCACCGAUGAUGCGCAAGGUCUAAAAAAUUGUUUAAAACUCUCAAGAGGAUGUCGUGUGAUGCUUAAACAAAACUUAUGGGCAUCGCAAGAUAAACAACCUUUAUGUGUAUUGGUAAAAAUUGAUGAAUAUCAAGGUCCAACACUCUACAGCAAUUUGGUUCCAAUCGUCCCAGUAACAGUCAGUUUCAAAAAAGGUAGCACUACAUGUACACGGAAACAACUUCCUUUACAAUUGACAUUCGCUAUAACCGUCCACAAAAGUCAAGGAAUUACAGUUGAUAAAGCCGUGGUUGAUAUUGGAUCGUCUAAGUUUGCUUUGGGUUUAUCAUAUGUUGCUCUAUCACGGGUAAGAACAAUCGAAGGAUUACUUAUUGACCCUGCAUUUCCACCUGAUCGUCUAUUCAAGUCAAUUAAUCAGAAUUCGUCUUGGAGCGUUAAAAAAAUCCAGUUGGCUCGUCUACGUGAAUUGGCUGAAUUAUCUACUAUAUAUUAA